AUGCUUUUAACCAUGUGUAGACAGGAAGAUCCCAUGAAACUGGUCGCUUGGAUCUGGAUGGUCUCCUGCAACAAGAUGAUAGGGGUCCUGCUUGUCUUUUUUCCUGCUAUCCUCUUGGAGAUGGACUUUCUUCCCAGGAAUACUGGCAGAAAGGUUUUGAUUUCAGCCGCUUCUUCCCAGAGAUCAGUAGCCAGAAUGGAUGGGGAUGUCAUUAUAGGAGCCCUCUUUUCAGUCCAUCACCAACCCCAGGCUGAGAAGGUACCAGAAAGGAAGUGUGGUGAGAUUCGAGAACAAUAUGGCAUCCAGAGAGUUGAGGCCAUGUUUCACACUUUGGAUAAGAUAAAUGCAGAUCCAUUUCUGCUGCCCAACAUCACUCUAGGCAGUGAAAUUCGAGAUUCCUGCUGGCAUUCUUCAGUAGCCUUGGAACAGAGUAUUGAAUUCAUAAGGGAUUCUUUGAUCUCUAUCCGAGAUGAAAAAGAUGCCCUGGGUCGUUGCCUGCCAGAUCCUUUAUAUCACCCCAAUAUCAGGGCUAAAAAACCCAUUGCUGGUGUCAUUGGUCCAGGUUCGAGUUCUGUAGCCAUCCAAGUGCAAAAUCUGCUUCAACUUUUUGAUAUUCCUCAGAUUGCUUAUUCUGCAACCAGUAUUGACCUGAGUGACAAAACUUUGUACAAAUAUUUCUUGAGGGUGGUUCCAUCUGAUAUCCUGCAAGCUAGAGCCAUGCUUGACAUCGUCAAACGUUACAACUGGACAUAUGUCUCUGCUGUGCAUACUGAAGGAAACUAUGGAGAGAGUGGCAUGGAAGCUUUCAAGGAACUGGCUGCGCAGGAAGGCCUUUGUAUUGCUCAUUCAGAUAAGAUCUACAGCAAUGCAGGAGAAAAAAGCUUUGAGAAGCUGUUACAGAAGCUCCGGGACAGGUUGCCAAAGGCCAGAGUUGUGGUUUGUUUCUGCGAAGGAAUGACUGUCAGGGGAAUCCUCAUGGCUAUGAGACGCUUGGGAGUUCUUAGAGAGCUUCUACUGAUUGGGAGUGAUGGAUGGGCAGAUAGAGAUGAAGUCAUUGAAGGUUAUGAAGCUGAAGCAAGUGGAGGCAUCACAAUUAAGCUGCAGUCUCCAGAAGUCUUAUCAUUUGAUGAUUACUUUUUGAAAAUAAGACUGGAGACCAACAAAAGAAAUCCUUGGUUCCCUGAGUUUUGGCAACAUCGUUUCCAAUGCCGCCUGCCAGGUCAUCCUCUAGAGAACCCCAACUUUCAAAAGAAUUGCACUGGCAAUGAAAGCUUAGAAGAAAAUUAUGUCCAAGACAGUAAAAUGGGAUUUGUUAUCAAUGCAAUCUAUGCUAUGGCUCAUGGCUUACAAAGCAUGCAUCAUGCCCUUUGCCAGGGCCAGAUUGGACUGUGCGAUGCUAUGAAGCCAAUUGAUGGAAGCAAACUUUUGGAAUUUCUCCUAAAUUCAUCAUUCACUGGAGUCUCCGGAGAAGAAGUGCGGAUUGAUGAAAAUGGAGACGCUCCUGGAAGGUACAACGCUAUAAGAUCAUCACUGUUUAUUCAUCUUAAGGUUGAACAUAAAUGUCUGUGUUCCUACUACUGUGUACUGUUUGUAGUAUACACAAGAACAUUCCAUGAAGGCAAUUAA